GGAAAUCGUGUUAGUGGAGUCCAACACGGGCCGAGUUUAAAUUUUAAAUAAGAUCAAGCCUAACAGAUCUGUCCACGGGCCUUCGCCCAACUCGUCCCAUUAUUUCUCUAAAAAUCCAACAAAUAAAUCCUUGUGCCAGCAGAAAUUAUAGAUCGUGUUAGCUAAAACACAUCCGCGAUGACGUCGACAGCGAUGGGGGGCGAGCCGGCGGCGGGCCACGGGUACUGGCGGUGGAGCAAAGCCGACUUUUUCCCGGAGCCCUCGUUCCAGAGCUGGCGCGCGUACGGCGGCGCGCUCUUGUCCACUGGGCCACGGCUGCGCGACCGCGUCACGAGUCGCUCCUCCGAGGCCGUCGAGGCGGGGACGCUGCUCGCCCAGAGCGAGAAUCCCCUCCGGCGGUGCCUGUCGUGGGUGGAUCUCGCCUUCCUCGGAUUCGGCUCCGUCGUCGGCUCGGGCGUCUUCGUGCUCACCGGCCAGGAGGCGCGGUUCGACGCCGGCCCGGCCAUCCCGCUGGCCUACGCCGCCGCGGGCUUCUCGGCGCUGCUCUCGUCCUUCUGCUACGCGGAGCUCGCCGGCGAGAUCCCGUCGGCUGGCGGCUCGUUCUCGUACCUGCGCGUCGAGCUCGGGGACCUGGCCGCGUUCAUCGCCGCCGGGAACAUCCUGCUCGAGGCCGUGGUGGGCGCGGCCGGCCUGGGCCGGUCCUGGACGUCGUACCUCGCGGCGCUCAUCGGCCGCGACAGCGACGCGCUCCGCAUCCACGUCCCCGCGCUCGCCGACGGCUUCAAUCUGCUGGACCCGAUCGCCGUCGUCGUGCUGUGCGCCACUUCCGCGCUCGCCGUGUCCGGCGCGCGCCUCACCUCCACCGUCAACUCGGUGGCGUCCGCGGUCGGCAUCGCCAUCAUCGCGUUCGUGCUGGCCGCGGGGUUCUCGCACUUCGAGCCAGCCAACCUCGCGCCGUCAUUCUUCCCCUUCGGCGCCGCGGGCGUCUUCCGCGCGGCGGCCGUCGUGUACUGGUCCUACACGGGAUUCGACAUGGUGGCCACCAUGGCCGAGGAGACCAAGAACCCCGGCCGCGACGUGCCGCUGGGCCUCAUCUCGUCCAUGUCCGCCAUCACCCUCGUCUACUGCGCCAUGUCCCUCGCGCUCGUGGGGAUGCAGCGCUACAGCGACAUUGACGCCAACGCGGCCUACUCGGUGGCGUUCGCGGCGGCCGGGAUGAAGUGGGCGCGCUACGUCGUGGCGCUCGGCGCGCUCAAGGGCAUGACGAGCGGCCUCCUCGUCGGCGCGCUCGGCCAGGCGCGCUACACCACGCAGAUCGCGCGCACGCACAUGAUCCCGCCCUACUUCGCGCUCGUGCACCCCAGGACCGGCACGCCCAUCUACGCCACCAUCGCCGUCACGCUCGGCGCCGCCUGCGUCGCGCUCUUCUCCAGCCUCGACGUGCUGGCGUCCGUCUCCUCCAUCAGCACGCUCUUCAUCUUCGCGCUCGUCGCCGUGGCGCUCCUCGUCCGACGAUACUACGUCGCGGGCACCACGUCCCCCGCGCAGGCCCGCACCUUCGUCGGCUUCCUGGCGCUGAUCGUGCUGUCGUCCAUCGGGCUGUCCGUGUACUACAACUCGGGCUACGCUGCUCGGUGGCCCGGGUACGUAGCGUUCGGCGCCUUGUGGGCGGCCGGCACGGCGGGGCUGGCGCUAUUCGCGGAGCAGCAGCGCGCGCCCAGGGUAUACGGCGCGCCGCUCAUGCCGUGGCUGCCGGCCAUGUCCGUCGCCACAAACCUCUUCCUUAUGGGCUCUCUCGGCUCCCUCGCCUACAUGCGCUUUGGCAUCUGCACGGCGGCGAUGCUUGUGUACUACGUGCUCUUCAGCGUGCACGCCACCUAUGACAUGGUGCACUCUGAAGGUCAGACGACAUCGGCGCCCGACGCUGCCACCGACGGCGUGGAGCAGAGGAAGAUAAUGCCGGUGUGACACAGAGGAUGCCAUUUCUUGGUUAGUUGAGCAAAAGAAAAGACACGCAGCUGAUGGAGACUGGCAGAAAGGAGAAUGAUAACCAAUCGUAUCAACUGUUCAUAUGGAUGGUCGACUCAAUCAGUGCAUUGAAAGCAAAGAAAAAAGUACGCCAAUUUUGCGGAUUGAGAUCCACUGACUGCAGUGGCUGCCACUUUCUCGGCUCAGCGCUGUUAAUAAUAAAUAAAAGGAUAAUUCUCGAUUUCCUCGCGAAUUUUUUUUCCGGUGAGCGGCGGCGAUCGGCUUCGGAUCAGCGGAGUUUGGCUGCGCGGCUAUGGUUACCGUACGUGGCGGCGGAGGCCCCAAUCCGCGGCGAGGACACCAUGCCGGCGGCGGUUGCGGAGAUGGCGGUAAGCGGGAAUCGGGGAACGAGGAGGACAGGGAGUAUGAGACCAACAUGAGGAAGCUUGCCGCGUGGACGGCGGCGCUCCUCGCGUCUCGGCUGAUGCAUCCGUUUUCCUCUCGCCGUCGCCGGCGAUCGACCACUACAUGCGUGUGACGACCCGUUGCCCCAACGCGCCUUCGUCAGACGUGAGCCAGCGCAGUGGAUCGCCGGAGAGCGAGGCGGCGAUGGCGAGGGCACGCUGUGACAGCCGGAGGGCUGCCAGGUGCGUCCUCUACUGCUCUUCUAUUUCCAGAUGGUGGGUGAAUCGUGCUUAGAGUCCAGUCACUGUUAGUCAUGCUACACACGAAGCAGCCAAAGCAGGCAACGCAUGUGACAACGACACCUGAAAAAGAGAACUAGGGAUGUGAACAGGGGCGUUAACAGGAGAAGUCAGAGCGUACCAACGUUCGAGUUAAUGGGUCCGAGUGAUCGUGUCAGGGGAUUGGACUGGACCGUUGUCACGGGAGUAUAAGAGAGAUAAAUGAACGAGAGGUUGUAACGCAUCGAAGAACAGAUACUUACGUAACACAUUUCCCCUCGUCGCUA